AUGGCCGAAGAAUCCAAGAAUAUGAGAGAAAACGGCGGUAUCCUUGACAGGGUUAUCUUUUCUACGCGUACAGGGGUCUCCGCCGAUCUUGCCUAUCUCGACGAGCUCAUCGCCUCGAAUCCCAGAUACUCGAAAUAUGUUCCCGGCGUGGGAUACAAGGCCUAUGUGGGUAGCUGGGAGCCCGUUAAGAACCCCGACGCCAUUUACAUCAAGAUUGAUGACGACGUGGUCUUUAUUGAGGAUGGAGCCAUUCCCGCCCUGGUCAAAAGGCUUGAUGAGAAUCCCCAAUACUUUGCCGUUUCGGCCAACGUAGUCAACAACCCGGCCCUCUCCUGGGUACAUUACGGGCUUGGCGUCUACGAGCCCUUCUGGCCAGUAAGCCUUCCUUUCUACGAUUCUGGCCCCCUGGAAUUUUCGCUUCUCUGA